CCUGACCGCCAUUUUGCCUCAUAUGAAGGCGGUGACAUCAACAACUGAUAUUCUGUGGAUGCUUCAAGAUCCAACAGAUAAACGGAAAAUGGACGACGCGAACAUAGAUAUAAAAGGUCCCAGGCGAAUUGAUGCCUACAAUAAAAUGGCCGUCAAAUUGCUUUCCCCAACUCCCGUGAAGAUCUGGCAGUCUGCCAGGAAGGUGGCGCUUCGAUUUCCCAACGACAGUGAUGCCGGAGGAUUGCAUUAUGGUCCCCGCGUAAUACACUAUAAAGUGCAGUUGUUUUUGAACUGGUAUUGCAACCGUCAUAUGAAUUUUGCGGAUGGCACCUGCUGCACAUCCCCGGAUGUCGUCCAGUCUGUUUACGUAACCACAGCCAAACGUCUCCCUCCGCCAGCAAUCGUCACUGUUUUGCUGUCUGGCAUCAUCCUCGUUCUGGUAAUCCGGGUCACGUGCUCCAGAUCCACACAACAUACACCGGAAGUCGGUAAGCUCGAUGGUUUUACGGUGGGACAGGAGAAAGCAGAGCUGUGUGUAUAAGGAUUCACAAGAACUGAAACAAGACGUAGCACACAGAGCUAUAAAUGUGCUGGCAGUGGAAAAAGAAACAAUUUAUAGAAAUUAUGAUGCUCUGAACAGUAAACAAAGCACCCGUUCUGCAGCUCUUGGAUACCUGUAGCCCGAAAAACAUGUCACCAAAAUCAGGUACACAAAACAACUGGCUAAUCGCAGUAGCUCUGAGAAAGCUGCACAAAACAAAAGGAUAAGAUGGUUAAGAAAAGCGAAAUCCAUUGUAUAUAAAAUGAUAAAUUAUUACAUGAAUGCAAGCAUAUUUUUAUAUGAAUUAUUGUACAUAUAUUACUCACAAUUUACAAUAAGUAAUAAGUUUAAAAAAGUAAAUACCCAUACAAAGUACAAUUUAGACAUUGAAAUUUUUAUCAGUGGUUAAGAGUUUAAUGUAUACGUUGAUC